AUGGCUCUGCUUCUUGAUCAACAAUCUAACUUCAAGCACUUCUGUAAAAUCUGCAAGAAAGGUUUCGGUUGUGGGAGAGCUCUAGGAGGCCACAUGAGAGCUCAUGGAAUUGGCUACGAGAAUGGUCACAUGGAUGAAGACCCUGCAAAUGAUGAUUGGGAAGAUAAAUUUGGAGAAAAUGUGCCUCCUAGCAACAAGAGAAUGUAUGCUUUAAGAACCAACCCCAAUCGAUUAAAGAGUUGUCGGGUUUGUGAAAACUGUGGCAAAGAAUUUUUGUCGUGGAAAUCCUUCCUUGAACAUGGCAAGUGCAGCUCCGAGGACGCCGAAUCGCUUGUGUCCUCUCCAGGAUCCGACGGCGAGGACGGCACACCAAGGAGAGGCUGCGGUUGGUCUAAAAGGAAAAGGUCGCUGAGGGCCAAGGUGGGUAAUUAUAACUCAAAUUGCCCUUCCAGCGAAGAGGAAGAUCUCGCAAAUUGCCUCAUGAUGUUAUCUAAUGCAACAUUUGACCCUUUAUUAGCGGAACCAGAGGAAUCAUGUGCCUCGGCUAGUAAAGAAGAGGAGAGAAGAAAUACGAUGAAUUUUAUAGCUCCGGUGGCUUAUAGGGCACCUAUGGAAAAGGCCAAGGGAGUUUCUAAAGGGAUGUUUGAAUGCAAAGCAUGCAAGAAAGUUUUCAAUUCCCAUCAAGCAUUAGGUGGACAUAGAGCUAGUCACAAAAAGGUUAAAGGGUGUUUCGCAGCGCGGUUUGAUCAAGGACUAGAUGAUAAUCUAGCAGAUGAAGAUGUUAUUACACAUGAAGAAUUCUUUCCAACAAAAUCAAGGUCAACUUUUCAGUUUGAUCAUGGUUCAAAUGCUCCAUUAGCUUCUACUUCAAAAAGAAAAUCAAAAGUCCACGAAUGCUCCAUAUGUCAUCGUGUAUUUUCGUCAGGACAAGCCUUAGGUGGACAUAAAAGGUGCCAUUGGAUCACUUCAAAUUCACCAGAUGCCUCUUCUUUGGCUAAGUUUCAUCAGUUUCAAGGUCACAUUGAGCAAAUUAAACAAAGACCCAAGUUUAUCAACAAUCCUGAGACGCUUGAUCUCACGCUUGAUCUGAAUCUUCCUGCUCCGGCUGAUGAGAAAAAUGGAUCAGCCCGGCGGGAAACCCCGGCAAACCCACCUAGCUUUGAAGUUUCUACAGAGAUUUAUUUACAAACUUGGGCUGGGGUUAAAGCAAAAGAAAAAGAUGAGAAUCACCACCGCCGUCACCAUCACCAUCAAAACGAGGAUGAUAACAACAAGAAUAAUACCACCACCACCAACAACAACACUAAUCGUAAUGGUCCAAUGCAGAAUGUGGAUGAUGAAGCAGACAGUAAGGUGAAGUUAGCAAAGCUUAGCGAAUUAAAAGAUAUGAACAUGAAUGGAAGCUCAUCUCCAUGGUUGCAGGUAGGGAUUGGAUCAACUACAGAUGUGAGCGCUAACACAUAAACAUUGUGAAGCAAUAUGAAGACAUUUUCUCUCAUUUUAUUCUUUUCCACUUAAUCUUCUUUUUGUGCAUUUUCUAUUUAAA